GCUGAGGUGAAAUGCAUUCUGGGAUAUUUGGCUCUCACAAGAACAGACGAGCCUGCUCCGAUGAAUGCCCGGCAAAAGUCCACACAAGAAAGCAUAUUGAGAAAGGGCCUGCAGUCUCUGGACGUCUGAAUAAACCUCUGGCGGACUUUCAGCUGCUCACCUUUUUCUGGAUCUUUCCUCUGAAUCAUCUCCCGAUAUCGUGCUGAGCUAUUAGUUAGCUUAGCUAUGAGCUAUUAGUUAGCUUAGCUAUGAGCUAUUAGUUAGCUUAGCUAUGAGCUAUUAGUUAGCUUAGCAUGCUAGCUGAAAACAGACCGAAGUUAGAAACACAGCGCUAGUGCGAGGUUAACGGAGAGAAACGGCGUUUUUACUGGGUUUAUUUGGAGGAAACGUCUGUGAUUCAGUGAAGAUGUCUGAAGUCCAUGUGCUGAAAUAUUUAGUGAAGCAGCGACUCGCUGAGACCGCUGAAGAGAUAUUUGGGCUGUUUGAAAGAACAAUAGCAGAGUACGAGGAGGAAGCUUCUAGAUUAAAAGAGGACAACGAGCGACUGAAGAAACAUCUGCACGCUGUUUUGUACCCUGAAGUCCGCAUACAAAGAGCAGACCUCCAGCAGCUUCUUGUGAUUAAGGAAGAGCAGCAGGAGGAUCCAGAGCCCCCCAACGUUAAAGAGGAACAGGAGGAUCCAGAGCCCCCCAACGUUAAAGAGGAACAGGAGGACCCAGAGCCCCCCAACGUUAAAGAGGAACAGGAGGACCCAGAGCCCCGCCCCACUAAAGAGGAGCAGCUUCAAGGGCUGGAGAAGGUCUUAUACACUCCUGUGAAAAGUGAAAAUGAUGUAAAGGAAGCUCUGUCCUCUCACCUUUAUCAGAGACAUACUAAACAGAUGGAGACAGAAGGUGAUGGAGAGGACAGUAGAGUACCAGAACCAGACAGGAACUCUUGUCUAGAUUGUCCCUCAGAACCAGAUAGCAAUGAAAAUACUGAAGACUCUUCUGAGCCUAAGGACAGUGAUGAUCGGAAGGAAACAUUUGGUUGCCUUAAAAAGAUGAAGAGACACAUGAUGACCCACACAUCAGCGAAACCUUUCAGCUGCUCAGAGUGUGGUAAAUGUUUCACUGCAAGUGGAAGUCUUAAGGCACACAUGAGAUGUCACACAGGAGAAAAGCCUUUUAGCUGCUCAGAGUGUGGUAAAUGUUUCCCCGUUAGUGGACGUCUUAAGACACACAUGAGAUGUCACACAGGGGAAAAGCCUUUUAGCUGCUCAGAGUGUGGUAAAUGUUUUAGUGAAAGCGGACAACUGAAGAAACACACGAGAUGUCACACAGGGGAAAAACCUUUCAGUUGCUCAGAGUGUGGUAAAUGUUUCACUACAAGCGCACACCUGAAGACACACAUGAUAUUUCACACAGGGGCGAAACCUUUCAGCUGCUCACAGUGUGGUAAAUGUUUCGCUUUAAGUGGAAGUCUUAAGGCACACAUGAGAUGUCACACAGGGGAAAAGCCUUACAGCUGUUCAGAGUGUGGUAAAUGUUUCACUGUAAAUGCAAGUCUAAAGACACACAUGAGAUGUCACACAGGGGAAAAACCUUUCAGCUGCUCAGAGUGUGGUAAAUGUUUCAAUGAGAGAAGAAAGCUGAAGACACACAUGAGAUUUCACACAGGUGAAAAAUCUUUUAGCUGCUCAGAGUGUGGUAAAUGUUUCACUGUAAAUGCAAGUCUAAAGACACACAUGAGAUGUCACACAGGGGAAAAACCUUUCAGCUGCUCAGAGUGUGGUAAAUGUUUCACUGUAAGCACAAGUCUGAAGAGACACAUGCUGUAUCACACAGGGGAGAAACCUUUUAGCUGCUCACAGUGUGGUAAAUGUUUCGCUGAAAGUGGAAGUCUGAAAAAACACAUCAGAUUUCACACAGGGGAAAAACCCUUUAGCUGCUCACAGUGUGGUAAAUGUUUCGCUGAUAGUGGAAGUCUUAAGACACACAUGAGAUGGCACACAGGGGAGAAACCUUUCAGCUGCUCAGAGUGUGGUAAAUGUUUCACUGUAAGUGGAAGUCUUAAGACACACAUGAGAUGUCACACAGGGGAAAAACCUUUCAGUUGCUCAGAGUGUGGUAAAUGUUUCCCCGUAAGUGGACGUCUUAAGACACACAUGAGAUGUCACACAGGGGAAAAACCUUUCAGCUGCUCAGAGUGUGGUAAAUGUUUCGAUGAGAGAAGAAAGCUGAAGACACACAUGAGAUGUCACACAGGGGAAAAACCUUUCAGCUGCUCGGAGUGUGGUAAAUGUUUCACUGAAAAUGGAAGUCUAAAGACACACAUGAGAUGUCACACAGGGGAAAAACCCUUUAGCUGCUCACAGUGUGGUAAAUGUUUCCCCCUAAGUAUAAGUCUUAAGAUACACAUGAUAUGUCACACAGGGGAAAAACCUUUCAGUUGCUCAGAGUGUGGUAAAUAUUUUAAUAUAAAAGGACAUCUGAAUAGACACAUGAGAUGUCACACAGGGGAAAAACCUUUCAGUUGCUCAGAGUGUGGUAAAUGUUUUACUGUAAAAGGGCAUCUGAAAAAACACAUGAGAUGUCACACAGGGGAGAAACCUUUGAGCUGCUCAGUGUGGUAAAUGUUUCACUGUAAAAGGACAUCUGAAGCCACACAUGAGAUGUCACACAGGAGAAAAACCUGUGCUCACAUUACAUGUUAUUUAGCUGACGCUUUUAUCUAAAACGACUUACAUUGCAUUAUAACCUGUGCAUUACAUUUUUGCCUGGGGAGCAAUUAGGGGUUAGGUGUCUUGCUCAGGGACACUUCGACAUGGCACAUGGGGCAGCCGGGAUUUGAACCACCAACCUUGCGGCCCCCAGCGCACUGCACAGUGUAGUAAAUGUUUUACUGCAUUUGGAAGUCUGAAGAGACACAUGCUGUAUCACACAUGGGAGAGACCUUUCAGCUGCUCACAUUGUGGUAAAUGUCUUGCUGUAAGCAGAAGUCUGAAGACACACAUGAGAUUUUACGCAGUGAAAAAAACUAAUUUGCUCAAAAUGUGAUAACGGUUUCACUCAAGCAGCUCUCCAGUUUGGUUUCUGAAGUAGUAACAGCAUGAAGUUGGGCCCUACUGUAUCUAGCUAAUGCAGCUCAACCUCCUCCAUUGGCUCUUGUUGAAUGUCUCUAAAGCCCCUUUGUCACGCAGCAAAUGUCCCGGAAACCAGAACCAUCUAUCUUGAUUGCCUGUUCAGGCUUCAGUAAGGGGCCUCUGUUCGUUUUUUUUCAGACCAGCUGCCACAACAUGAGUUUACAUCUUUGUUGUUCCCCCUGAGGUUUCUUUUUUUCCUCCUUUUUCGGUGGGGGAAUAUUUUUAUCUGCCGAUGUGAGGGUUUUGGGACAGAGGAUGUUGCAUGAUUACAUACCGUGAAGCCCUCUGAGGCUAGUAUGUGAUUUUGGACUUUAUUAAUGAAAUUAAUUGAAGUCUCUUUAGGCACAUGUUUCGUAAAUUCAUAUUCUGAGAACACAACUCCAAAGAUAAUUACAUCCUUCCAAUGAAUAACCUUAAGUUACGUUGCCUACUGUUAAAAUUGUAAUUUUUUUAUUGACUUUUCAACUUGUAGAAAUACAAGUUUGACUGAUUUAUAUGUUCCAUUUGUGUUACUGCAGGCUCUCCUAUUACCUGCAUGAUUAUUGGUGACCGUCUCAAUUCUGUGGUUUUGCAUGUUACUUUACUUUCACUUUGUUUUCCCUUUUUUUCAGGAAAUAUGUUGUUGGGAUUUAGAUUAGAUGUUUU